AUGGAGAAGAAUUUGUGGAUCAUGGGUACCUUACUCAUUCGUAUUUUAAACAGUGAGUCACCCGCAGAGAAAGCGAACCUGCCCCUCUACCAAGCCAUUGUAUCAAUCAACGGAGUCGAAGCUGCGUGCCUGAACGAUGAGCAUCUUAAAACUGUGUUGCGACGGGCCGAUAAGCAGCUAAGGGUCCGAGUAAU